AUGAACCGAACGGCCAACCCCCGCCGAGCGGCAACCCGUCGACUCAACGACGAGAACGUCAUUCCACGAGCUACCAAUGCCGUGCGAGCAGCCAAGCCAACAACGCGCAGUGGCAUUACCCAGAAGGAAGGCAACAUCAAGGAGGUCAACGGCAAGGUCGACUCCAAGCGCACUCGGAACGCCCUCGGGGCAAUUGGUCACAACGAGGCUCCUGCACCAGUCCAGAAUGGCAAGGUGUCACAGACCCAGCGUCAACCACUGGCCAACAGGUCACAGGUCCACAAUGUUUACCCAUCCAACACCAGACCCAUCGCACCCGUCCCAGCUCGCACACGGCCAGACCGCGCCACGGCGGUCGGGGACAGGGGGGACUUUAUGGCGGGCAUGGACGUCGACCACGGGAUCAUGCUCGACGAGGCGUUCGAGACAGAUGAUGACACUGUGCGAGCGAUGAGCGACGACGAGCUCGACAUGGAAGAAGAAGACUGGACACGGUUGUCUACAGAGGAGGCGAUCAACGCCGACAACGAGAUCGACCGGAUCAGGCUUCACUUUGAAGACGACAUCGACGAGUUUGACACGACAAUGGUGGCAGAGUACGCCGACGAGAUUUUCAAGCACAUGGAAAUCAUGGAGGGGUUGGUCAUGCCGAACCCCAACUACAUGGCGUUCCAGACAGAGACGGACUGGACGAUGCGCACAACCCUGAUUGACUGGUUGUUGCAGGUGCACAUGCGGUACCACAUGCUUCCAGAGACGCUUUGGAUUGCCGUAAACAUCAUUGACCGCUUCCUGUCUGUGCGGGUUGUGUCACUGAGCAAGCUUCAGCUUGUAGGCGUGACAGCCAUGUUCAUCGCCGCCAAGUACGAGGAGAUUUUGGCGCCCAGUGUCGACGAGUUUGUCUUCAUGACCGAGAACGGCUACACCAAGGACGACAUUCUCAAGGGCGAGCGCAUCGUCCUUCAGACUCUCGACUUCAACGUGUCGCAGUACUGCUCGCCAUACUCGUGGGUGCGCCGCAUCUCCAAAGCGGACGACUACGACAUCCAGACGCGAACACUCUCAAAGUUCCUCAUGGAGGUGACGCUGCUCGACCACCGCUUCCUGCGCUGCAAGCCGAGUAUGAUCGCGGCCAUCGGCAUGUACCUCUCGCGCAAGAUGCUCGGGGGGACGUGGGACGACGCUUUCGUCUUCUACUCGAACUUCACGGAGCGCCAGCUCAUCCCUGGUGCCGUGCUUCUCUGCGAGCGGCUUGUCGAGGAGGGUUUCGACAAGGUCUACGUCUACAAGAAGUACGCGAACAAGAAGUUCCUGAGAGCCUCGACGUUUGCCGUCGACUGGGCUCACACCCACGCCGAGACGACCUGGGCUUCUCAAGAAUGA